AUGCUGUCUCAAUCUCGAAUCUGGAUGCUCUGCAGCCUUCUCUUGCUGUUGAGCUCGCUGGCAAGCGCAUCACUCUUUGCGCCGUUUCUGUCUGUGCUCGAAUGGUCGCAACAGACAAGCUCCAACGAAACAUUCCACGAACUGCCCAAACGCGCCCUGAACCCAACGUCGUGCCCGACUGGCUACAAGAACUGUGCAAACCUCGGCGCUCCCGGUCUUUGUUGUGCGAACUCGGCCAUAUGUGCUCCUGAUCAGGCUGGCCACGUUGCUUGCUGCCCAAGCGGUGCCGUUUGCACUGGUGCCAUUUCAUCCAUCAUCACCGCUGGCGUCAUUGCGUCCGGUGGCUCUGUCGCAUCCACUACAGCUGCCGCGUCCCAGCCCUUGACUGCCUCUGCUUCGUCAUCUCAAACAACUUCAGGAGGAGGUCUCAUACUUGCUAGUGGUCUUAGCACCACCGGCACAUCUUCUGCCACCACCACCGUUGCCUCGAACUCGGCUGCUGCCACAUCUGGUGGUGGCUUCAUCAUUGUUGGAACUAGCACCGCCGCUACUCUCGGAAGCAAUGCCGUGAGAAGUCUUCGUAGCCCAUUCAUAAUUCAGGCCAUCGUCAGCCUCUUGGAGCUUCUGCCACUUUAA